AGGCUCGAGAACCGUUCGGACGACGUCCGCCGCCGAACGAAUAGAUACGAUGGGUCGCGCACACAACAAAGACCACUUUCCUCGCUUCAGAGCACGACGCCAAGUCUCCGAUGGGCGGGAUCUGCGUUCUGUCUUAUCGUUUCUGAAGGUCGAAGAGGUUUGCAUGUGGAACUCGAGCUCUUCACCACCUCAAACGGUCACCCUACACAAAAAUAUAUUCGAAUCGCCUCGCGCACAUGCGAACGCUAUGCACGGCGCAAAAGGUGGUGGUUUGAAUAUGUGGCGUCGAUUUCGGCGCACCUCCUGCAUUGUCCUAGCGAGGGUGUGCGGCGCGGAAAGUACCCGAACAUUGUCAGUGAGUGUGUCCUAGCAUGCUUCGGGUGCGAGACGUGCCUGCGCUUACUACAAGUCUCGAUAUGCAUACCCUCUCCUCCUCACUCCUACUUCGCCACCUAUC